AUAAUAGACUUCGCUUGCCAAUUCCCAGCUGAGCGCUGUCAAAAUUAUUUGUUAGAACAAGAAAACAUGCGCUGCUACUACGAGGAGCUCGAGCUCCAACGAGACGCCAAGGAUGGGGACAUCAAAACUGCGUACCGCAAAAUGGCCCUGCGCUGGCACCCGGACAAGAAUCCCGACAGCCUGGCGGAGGCCAAGGAGCGCUUCCAGCUGAUCCAGCAGGCAUACGAGGUGCUUUCUGAUCCACAGGAGCGGUCCUGGUACGACAAUCACCGCGAGCAGAUCCUGCGCGGCAAGAACUCUGAGUACGCGGAGAACUGCCUGGACGUGUUCCAGUUCUUCACCAGUUCCUGCUACAAAGGCUACGGCGACGACGAACAGGGCUUCUACCGCGUCUACACCGACGUCUUUGUGAAGAUUGCCCUGGAGGACAUGGAGUUCAUGGACGAGGACGACCGUCUGGGGAUGGCGCCGGACUUUGGCCACGCACACAGCAGCUACGAGGAGGUUGUGGGUCCAUUUUACGCCUUCUGGCAGGCCUAUAGCACCAGGAAGACCUACGAGUGGCUGUGCCCUUACGAUGUGCGCGAGAUCAAGGAACGCUUUAUCCUGCGUAAAGUGGAGAAGGAGAUGAAGAAGAUCGUCCAGGCUGCUCGUAAGGAGCGCAACGAAGAGGUUCGAAACUUGGUAAACUUUGUGCGGAAGCGGGAUCGCAGAGUGCAGGCCUACAGGCGAGUUCUGGAGGAGCGGGCUGAGGCCAAUCGCCUGAAACAGGAGGAGAAGCGCAAGGAGCAGCUGAGAAAGCGCCAGGAGGCACUGGCGGCCGUCAGGGAAAACAAAGUGUUUAAUGAGGGCUACGAAGAGCAGCUGAAGCAGUUGGAGCAGCAGUACGGCAGCGAUUCGGACGACUACACAGAUGAAGACGAGGACGCAGAGGUUGGCGAGGACUCAGAGGAUGACAUUGAUCCGGAGGCCGAUAAAUUCGAGGUGGAAUACGUGGACGAUCUGUACUGCGUGGCGUGCAACAAGACAUUUAAAAACGCCAAGGCACGGGCCAAUCACGAGGAGAGCAAGAAGCACAGGGAUAAUGUAGAGCGACUAUGUCAGGAGAUGGAGGAAGAGGAGGAGGCGUUCAACGAUGCAUCUCACGAAGACAGCUUAAAUGGAGUGGAGGAGUCGCUGGGUGAAUUGCAAGUUGAUGAGGCACAGUUGUCCAGCGAAGAGGUAUCUACGCUAAGCAAGCGCAACAAAAAGAACAAAAAAUCAAGGAAAUCAGCUGCCAAGCAAGUGGAGGAAGAAGCCAGCGAUGGACCUGAAGAACCCAUAGACCUCAAGGCAGCCAUUAGCGAAUCAGAGGAUGAAGACUGGAGUAAAGGCAAAAAGGGUGCCAGGAAAAGCAAAAGCAAAAAGGCGGCUGCUAGCAAGGCAAAACCGGCAGAUCAAACGGCUCCGGAACCAAUUCCAAACGAGUCCAAAGCGAUUCCCACGAGUGCUUCUAAGAGCGGAGAUGAAGAUCUCGAUCCCACCAAGCCGCAACACACCUGCGUCACCUGCCGGCUAAUUUUUGACUCUAAGAACAAGCUGUUUGCGCACCUCAAGAAGACGAACCACGGCGUCUACAUACCCAAGGCCAAGCCAGAUGUCGAGGGCAAGCCUCCGGGCAAAUCCAAGGGCAAGCGGAACAAGUAGAUCCAAAGGAAAAUCCAGCCACACCCUAUAUUACUAUUGUAAAAUGUUAGUCGUUUAUUUAUGCUAAUGUUAAAGUUAAUUCAAGAAUGAAGUUAAGUAUGCUCGCUCUAA